GCCACAUCUCGAGUGGCUAGUGGCUAUCCUAUUGGAUGGCACAGACACGGAACAUUUCCAUUAUCACAGAAAGUUCUACUGGAAAUUCUCAAGAAUUCUGAAGUGCUCUUCUCUCUUCCUCUCUUUCUUUUGCUCUUGCUCUCUCUCUCUCCCUCUCUCUCUCUCUCUCUCUCUCUCUCAUCCCACCCCUAAACCAAAUACAGGGAUAGUUGUCUUAUUAUUAGUGACUUAAGUGAUGCUUUUGAGCGAGAAGAUGCUGGGUACUUUUGGUGCCUAGCACCAUCCCACUUUUUUCUUUUAAAUUCCUGAGCUGUUGUUUACUAGGACGUUCUUUUAUUCCUGUUUCUACUAAAGCUGAAUGUUACUUGGGUGGAAAGCCUAAUUGCUUUCUUUCUAGGUCCUUAAACCCUUUGUUAAUGUUUCUGUCUGAGAGUUCCCAAAGCCAGGGUUCUAGGAGAGUUUGGCAUGUCUGAACAACUGAACAACUGAAUAAUGGAGUAGGUCCGGCGGGGUGUGGGAGCAGGGCAUUCUGUCAAUAAAAGAGCUCCCCUCUCUGCACACAUGGCCAGUUAAUUGGCCAUUCUGGGAAAGUAUGGAUGGGGAGGGGGGCUUCUGAGAAUCGCCGGUGACAGUUAAGUGGCCUUUUGUUGACGUCCUCUGCUGAACAACUUUGUUGGAUUUAGUCUCUGCCUCCCCCCCCCCCCCCCCCGCCUCCUGUGGAUUUUCUGUUAGAUUCAUCAUUUACCAUUCACGCAUCAUCUUUCACUCUCUCCUUCCAAUAUGACUGCUUUGUGUGCUGGCCUCCGCUUUAUUCCUGCUAUUCCCAGCCCAUAAAGGGGGCUGUGUGGGCCUUCAGCAGGACUGAGAAAUUGACUCUGCUGUCUGUUGAGAACUAUAAUGAUUGCAGUGACCUUCAUGUCUGGCAGAAAAUCCACUACCUGUGCCGGCAUAAUGGCGGCCAGCUGAACAUAGAGAAAAGGGAGUCUUCACCGAAUUCCUUCUCGUGCUAUAUGUAUUUCCUUUGUUCCCCUCUCUAUUCCCUUCUGUUCCCCUUCUCCCCACUGCAACUGGAGUGCUGACCUAAGAUGCAGCUGUGACUAAGAGUUAAUGCUUGGAAAUAAUAAUACAUUCUAUUUUGCAGGCUUUGCCAAGCCAGUUCACCCACGUUGUCUCAUCUAAUAUUCCCCCCAACCCCUGUGAGGCCGGGCCUGCUGGCCUUUAGGUGCUGUCCUGUCCUGAGGCUUCAGCCAUGCCUGCGCACGAAGAAAGGGCUUGAAGCUCGCCUGAAGGAAGAAGCAUGCAGGGGACCCCUGGAGGAGGCGUGGGCCCUGGGCUGUCCCCUGUGGACCGGUGGACGCUCCUGGUCUUCAGCUUUAUUCUGGCAGCAGCUUUGGGCCAAAUGAAUUUCACAGGAGACCAGGUUCUUCGAGUCCUGGCUAAAAAUGAGAAGCAGCUUUCACUUCUCAGGGAUCUGGAGGGCCUGAAGCCCCAGAAGGUGGAUUUCUGGCGUGGCCCAGCCAGGCCCAGCCUCCCGGUGGAUAUGAGAGUUCCUUUCUCUGAACUGAAAGACGUCAAAGCUUACCUGGGCUCUCACGGCCUUGCUUACAGCGUCAUGAUAAAGGACAUCCAGGUGCUGCUGGAUGAGGAGAGAGAAGCCAUGGCCAAAUCCCGCCGGUUGGAGCGUAGCACCAGCAGCUUUAGUUAUGCCUCUUACCACACCCUGGAGGAGAUAUAUAGCUGGAUCGACAACUUUGUGGCCGAGCACUCAGAUAUAGUCUCAAAAAUUCGGAUUGGCCACAGCUUUGAAAACCGGUCCAUUGUUGUCCUGAAGUUUAGCACUGGAGGACCUCAGCGCCGGGCCAUCUGGAUUGACACUGGAAUCCACUCCCGGGAGUGGAUCACCCAUGCCACUGGCAUCUGGACCGCCAAGAAGAUUGUCACUGAAUAUGGCAAAGACCGCACGCUGACGAACCUACUGAACGCCAUGGACAUCUUCAUGGAGAUCGUCACCAACCCUGAUGGGUUUGCGUUUACCCACAGCAUGAACCGCCUGUGGCGGAAGAACAAGUCCACCAGACCUGGAAUCUUCUGCAUCGGUGUGGAUCUUAACAGGAACUGGAAGUCAGGUUUUGGAGGAAAUGGUUCUAAUAACAACCCCUGCUCUGAGACUUAUCGUGGGCCCUCCCCUCAGUCGGAGCCAGAGGUGGCUGCCAUCGUGGACUUCAUCACAUCCCAUGGGAACAUCAAGGCUCUGAUCUCCAUUCACAGCUACUCUCAGAUGCUCAUGUACCCUUACGGCCACUCACCGGAGCCUGUUCCAAACCAGAAGGAGUUGUACGAUCUUGCCAAGGACGCAGCGCAGGCCCUGUAUGAGGUCCACGGGAUCCAGUACAUUUAUGGCAGCAUCAGCACCACCCUCUAUGUGGCCAGCGGGAUCACUGUCGACUGGGCCUAUGACAAUGGCAUCAAGCUCUCCUUCACCUUCGAGCUCCGGGACACGGGGCGCUAUGGCUUCCUGCUGCCGGCCUCCCAGAUCAUCCCCACGGCCCAGGAGACGUGGCUGGCGCUUCGGACCAUCAUGGAGCACACCUUGAAUCACCCCUACUAGCAACACCACCGAGGGCAGAGCGGGAAGUUAUGAAGGCUGGGGGUCUCUGGACUCGCGAGGCCCUGCAUGAACCUAACAUCUGGGAGAAGACUAAAGCGAGGCCUCUUCUUCCUAUGACCGAGGGGGUCUCCUCAGCAAGCCCAGGGACGUGACGGUUGGAGGAGUUUAUCAAGUGAAAGCUCAAUACUUAAACAUGUGAGUUUUAGAGAUAUUACAGAAUAAUCUCUUUUUCAUAAACUCUGAAUAUUUUUGUUUUUCAUUUCUGGGGUAUAUAAUGCCAAACAGGAGUUCAGUUUUUCUACAUGCUGCCUGAUUGGUUG